AUGUUAUCAUGCUACGCCCUUCAUGCAAUAGAUGAGUGCUUGCGGGAUAUUAUGGCAGUUGAUAUUUUGAUAUCUAUACGGUUCCUUCAUGUGAGAAAUGUCUCUCACAUAGGUGAUCCUUCCUUCCUUCCUUCCUUUCUUUCUUUCCUUCUUUCUUUCUUUCUUUCCCCCUUUCUUUCUUUCUUUCUUUCUUUCUUUCUUUCUUUCCUUCCUUUCUUCCUUCCUCUUUCUUUCUUUCUUUCUUUCUUUCUUUCUUUCUUUCUUCCUUCCUUCCUUCCUUUUCCUUCUUUCUUUCUUUCUUUCUUUCUUUCUUUCUUUCUUUCUUUCUUUUCCUUCCUUCUUUUCUUUCCCUUCAUUCCUUUCUUUCUUUCUUUCUUUCUUUCUUUCUUUCUUUCUUUUCCUUCCUUCCUUCCUCUUUCUUUCUUUCUUUCUUUCUUUCUUUCUUUCUUUCUUUCUUUCUUUCUUUCCUUCCUUCCUUCCUUCCUUUCUUUCCCUUCUGUCUUUCUUUCUUUCUUUCUUUCUUUCUCUUUCUUUCUUUCUUUCUUUCUUUCUAUUGUCUCCCCCUUCUUCUCGCUUCAGCAUGCUUUCUUUAUCACCGGAUAUCCCUUUUUCAUGAACUUAUUCACCUCUCACUUUUCCUUAUUCGUACACAUCAGUUUUUGUAUCUCUGUCUGUGAAUUCCUCGUAUACGGUCUUUUUAUCAUUCUUUGCUCCCUUCCUUCUUCGUCGUUCUAUUACCGAACCUGCAUUUUAUCUUUCUUUGCAUCUCCCCUAUUAAAACAACCUCUCGUCCCUUUCCUCCUUUUCUCCAAUUUCCUUUUCGCACGAAUAUUUUCAAACGCCAUCUCUCAGGCUGCUCAUUUUAGCCUCUUUCAUGGCUCCCCUGGUGGUCACUCACAGCGGGUCUAUCAGUCCGCUGGCCAAUCUAGAUCACAUGAAAGUCUCAUUCUCAGUGUUGCCCAGCGCCAAACUAUCCACCAAAGAUACGUUCCCUUUUGUAAUGAAGACCUUAUUUUGACCCUUUCUUUAUUACUGUUCUUUCUUUCUUUCUUUAAUCCUGUUCUUUCUUUCUCGCGUUCUCACUUUCUCCCUUUCUCACUUUCUCACUUUUUUCUCACUUUCUCUCUUUCUUUCUUUCUUUCUUUCUUUCUUUCUUUCUUUCUUUCUUUCUUUCUUUGUUUUCCUCUCAAUUUUUGUUCUUUCUUUCUUUCUUUCUUUCUUUCUUUCUUUCUUUCUUUCUUUCUUUCUUUACUCCUCUUUCUUUACUCCUCUUUCUUUCUGUCUUUCUUUCUGUCUUUCUUUCUUUUCUUGAGUUUAAGAUUUUAUUUUAACCCUCUCUCUCUUCAUUUAUCCCACUUUUUCUUUCCUCCAAUUCUUUCUUUUCAAAAUAUUUAUUGUCUUCGCACACUUUCUUUAUUGCCUUUCCUUCCUUCCUUCCUUCCUUUGCGCCCUCGUAUUUCUUUUUUUAAGCAAAUCUUACCAAAUCCACCCUUGCCUUCUUAUUACAGUUAG